AAUGCAUUGUUAAGAAAAAUUUUCAGCACACAAAUGUCAUUUCCUUUCUUCAUGGACCAGUUGCUGAAAUACUAUGUGGUAAAAGAUUUUAGGUCUCAACUGUAAAGAGAGAAGUGGAUAAAUCAGUGCUGCUGUCUUUAGGACAAAUGAAAGAUGGAACGGUGGAAUAGCUUUCUUGAUCAACAGGAUGACACUGAUAACUGCUCAGAAUCCGUGAAGUUUGAUGCCCGCUCCAUGACAGCCUUGCUCCCUCUGUAUCCUAAAAAUGGCCCUACCCUUCAAGAGAAACUGAAGUCCCUCAAAGCUGCACUGAUUGUCCUUUAUCUUCUUGUGUUUGUAGUUCUCAUACCCAUCAUCGGAAUAAUGGCAGCACAGCUUCUGAAGAGGGAAAUGAAGAAUUGCACAGUUGGUCCAAUUAAUGCAAAUGAAAUAUCUCAAAGUCUCACAGGAAAAGGAAAUAACAGUGAAGAUGAGAUGAGAUUUCAAGAAGCUGUUAAGGAACAAAUGAGCAACAUGGAGAAGAGAAUCCAAUAUAUUUCAGAUACAGAAGCCAAUCUCAUAGAUUCAUUGCAUUUCCAAAAUUUUAGUCUGGUGACUGAUCAAAGAUUUAAUGAUGUUCUUCUCCAGUUGAGUACCUUGGUUUCCUCAGUUCAGGGACACGGAAACACGAUAGAUGAAAUCUUCAAGUCGUUAAUAAGUCUGAAUACCACAUUGCUUGAUUUGCAGCUCAGUAUCGAAACACUGAAUGGCAAAGUCCAAGACAAUACAUUAAAACAGCAAGAGGACAUGAGUAGAUUAGAGGAGCUUGUGUACAAUGCAUCAGCAGAAAUUAUGUCUGUGAAAGAAAAACAAGUGAAUUUGGAACAGGAAAUAAAAGGAGAAGUGAAAGUACUGAAUAACAUCACUAAUGAUCUCAGACUGAAAGAUUGGGAACACUCUCAGACAUUGAAAAAUAUCACUUUAAUUCAAGGUCCUCCUGGACCCCCUGGUGAAAAAGGAGAUAGAGGUCCUGCUGGAGAACGUGGUCCACAAGGCAUUCCAGGUGCAGUAGGUUCUCCAGGUCUUAAAGGUGAUAGGGGAGCCAUUGGCUUUUCUGGACCUCGAGGAUUCCCAGGGCCACCGGGGAAGACCGGGAGGACAGGAAAUCCUGGACCAAAAGGCCAGAAGGGGGACAGAGGGAGUGGAAGCAUACUAACACCGGUACAACCCCCUGAUCGUAUUUGGGCAGGGCCCUUUUAAGAUCAGGUGGGUUGGGCAAGACACCUUCUGCUACCAUCUCAUUAAAAGGCCCUUCACCUCUGGACAAGUCAUCAGCACAACCAACUCCAAGAUCCCUUUGUGGCUCCCCCAAAUGGCUUUGGUUCCUGUGUGGUGUGCAGCUUCCACAUGGCUUUCUCUCCUGGUCCUUUGUGCUGUUUGGGCCUCUGUUCCCACGUUCCUACCUCUCCCCACUCCAGUACCUCACCAUCACCACCAUCUUCUAGCACCCUUAGCUGGGAUGCCUCCCAUGUACUGACUGGUGGGCCGCUCAUGCCAGUUCUCAGAGCCAGGCCAGAAGCCCUCUGCCAUCCACUCACCUUAUGUUUUUUGAACCCAGUUUAAUCCGUUGGGUUCUAGGAGACAUCUCUUGGAUACUGAUUCUAUGUGGGUUCUUGACAUUUAAAAACAAUACUCUCAAUAAAUGAUAGGAUACAUAAAAGAAAAUGCAUUUGUUAAUUCACUCAUUCAUUCACUCAGCAUAUGUUCAUUGCAUACCUCCUGGAGCUGGACAUAGGAGCUAAUAAGAUGACUAUUGCCUCUCACCUUACAGAGCUAAUUGUCCCUGGAAGCCCUAGGCAUGUAAACGGGCAAUUCUACGAUACAGCAGAAUUAUAUAAGGGGAGGAAUAGGGCUUUAGAGGUGUUCAGAGGAGAUCAAGAUUAUUAAAUUCCUUAAAAUAUUAAAAAGUAAAUUGAUUUUGAUUAGCUUAGUUUACCUUCUUGUCUUCUUAUUCUACAAAUUACAACCUUUUUUUUCCCCAAGUUUAUAGUGAAGUAAAGUAGAGCUUGGACAGUUCAUUCAACACAUUUAGACCAAAAAAUAGAACUUGUUUCCUUAAAUGACCUGGCUAUCUGAAGCAAGAAUAUUUUGAUCAUGAAAAAAUAACACUGAAAUGUUUUAUUCUAAAAAGCUCCUUGUAUAUUAUACUUUAAAUAUCAAUUAUAGAUCCUGAAGAUGAAAUAUUUCAGUACAUCUGGAGAUAUUUUGUGUAGGUGAAGAAAGGGAUAAAAAUGAGAAAGGAGACAAGGUAAGAAAAGACAGACCAAAAAAAAAAAAAAAGGAACAGGGAAGAUGUAGGGUAGUGUGAUAUUUGUGUAGGUCUCUCUAUCAAUUAACAGAUCACAUUGUCACACCUCUCAUUUCCUUCAAGGUUUACACAUAGACCCAAGCUUCAUAGUCUUAAAUUUCUAGUAAAUUCUGAGUCGUGUGUGCAUGUGUCUCUUAGCCCUUCCAUUCCCUCUCCUGUAAAAAGGACAUCGUGACACCUACCUCACAGGGUUGUUGUGAGGAUCACAUAAGGUAUUGUGUGGGGAAGGAUGCUCUGUAAAACCAUAAAGUGCUUUAAACACGGGGGUACCCUUCA